AUCUGUCAUGACGGGUUGUCGUGGCUGUCAAGUGUAAAUUCAUCAAGACAAGAAUCAAGAUCAAUAAUCCUGAAGUGAGCGUUUUGGAGAAGAUAAAACAUGGACUUCCAGAACAGGCCUGGAGGGAAGACCGGGGGAGGAGGCGUAGCCUCCUGGUCGGAGACGAACAGAGACCGGAGGGAAAGGCUCCGGCAGCUUGCUUUAGAGACAAUCGAUCUACAAAAGGACCCCUAUUUCAUGAAAAAUCACUUGGGAUCGUAUGAAUGUAAACUAUGUCUCACCCUGCACAAUAAUGAGGGCAGUUAUCUGGCCCAUACGCAAGGCAAGAAACAUCAAGCCAACUUAGCAAGGAGAGCUGCAAAAGAAGCUAAAGAUGCUCCAACUAUGCUUCAGCCUGAGAAGCCGAGGGUAGAGCCGAAAAAGUUUGUCAAAAUUGGCAGACCUGGUUACAGGGUUACAAAGCAAAGGGAUCCAGAUAAUGGUCAGCAGAGCUUGUUAUUCCAGAUUGAUUAUCCAGAAAUAAAUGACAGUAUCCUGCCUCGACAUCGUUUCAUGUCAGCUUAUGAGCAGAAAAUAGAGCCUCCAGACCGCAAAUGGCAGUAUCUACUUUUCGCUGCUGAACCAUAUGAGACCAUAGCAUUCAAGGUCCCAUCUAGAGAAGUUGAGAAGACUGAUACUAAGUUUUGGACACAUUGGAAUAAGGAUACCAAGCAGUUUUUCUUGCAGUUUGCUUUCAAAAAUGAGAAUAAAAGGACAGUUAACACAGUCGUUCAACGACAUCCUCAGAUGAUCGGUUCUGUACCACCGCCUCCAAUGCUGCCAGUUCCUCCGCCACCAAGACCACCAAUGUUCAAUCCCAUUCCACCGCCGCCGCCUUUGAUGAGAGCUGUUAUGCCAGUGCCACCACCACAUUAAUAAGUUUCAGAAUGAAAAAUGAAAAAUAUAGGCUAUAAUUUGUAGUUUACUGUG